AUGAGCAAGAGGCGGCAGCAGCGGCUGCAUGCCGUUGCGGUGCGCGUGGGGCGGUUGAACGAGGACGAGCAGAGCACUGCGCGCUCCCCCCGUGCGUCGCUGGGCUUCUCCCCGCUGCGACCCACCAAGCCCGUGAGUCAGCCGCGCAGCAACACGCUUGUGAGUCAGCCGUGCAGCCACACGCCCACGCCGACUCACGUCAUGGGUGCACGCGCUGCUGUCACCACCGCUGCUGUCACCGCCGUUGCUGUCACCGCCGUUGUGAAGAGUGCUGCUGUGAAGAACGCUUCUGUCAGGACUCCUUCUGUGAAGGCCCUUGCUGUGAAGAGUGUUCCUGUUAAGGCCGCAGUUUCAGCAGCCAAGGGAACGCGUGCAUCUGCAGCUGCACCAGCCAAGGCUGCUGCGGCUGGAAGCGUUGCUGCUAAACCUGCAGCUGCAGCAGCUAAAGGAGCGCCAGCCAAGGCCACUCGUGUGACGCCUGCAGGUGCCAAGAGUGUUGCUGUGAAGAGCAGCCCAGUGGGGUCGGUGGCAAGAACAGCGGCAGGAGAGAAGGUGAGGGAGCAGGGCAAUGGGAGUGCAGCACACACGGCGGUGCGUGCAGCUGCAGGGAAGGCGGCGUUGGGAGGGCCUGGGCAGAGCAGGGCAGCGCACACGGCUGCAGCGGCUAAGGCAGUGCAGGAUGCACCUCACAGCACUCGUAAACCGGCUGCUGCAGCAGCAGCAGCAUUGGCCGCCACUCGCAUUCCCACGCCACGCACAGCAGCACCUAAGGGAAGCAGUGAACGGUGA